GGAACGAGAGCUGUAAAAUUUUUAGCACGAAUACCGGUUGUUUGGAAUGAACAUCAAGAAAAGUCUUCGGCGUUUUCUUUUAUUUGCCUUCUUUGAAAAGUGAGUUCUGGCAUCGAUGUCUUCUACCUACGAUAUACAUACUGAUCAUGGACUUUUGUUUGACCGCUUCAAUAUUCGCCGCAAAGCUUACGUCGCUGAUAAGGAUUACGUGUUCAAUUCUAUUUGACAAACGAAGCAUGGAAUAUAUGCAAUAAUAGUGGGCUUCUUAGAGCGAAAGUGCCAAAUGCUAAUACAUUUUCGUCAUUGUUGUUGAUUAAUGUAGUGGUUUUGGAGCAAGCGACAGAAGAGAUUAGGCGUUAAUAUUUGUGCUUGUAGAAACUGAAAACAACGUGAACUGAACUAAGUUCUGGUUACGAUGGAGAAUCGAACGGUGAAAGAGGCAUCUGUUGAAGGGGUGCAACGGCGAACCAAACCUAAAAAACACUUCAUGUUUUGUGUCAAGGUUUCAUGGUCAGAUGGCACAGUGAACUUGGUAUAUCGCAGAUACAGCGAAUUCUUACACCUGCAGACAAUGCUAUUUCAAGCAUUUCCCGGCCCAUUUAGCAAAAAAAGUUCCAGGAGACAGGCCUUCACUCCACUGCCCGAUUCAUUCUCAUCAAGGAUCAAUGUUGGUGAGUCAAUAUUUACAAGAAUGGAGCAAGUGAGCUUCUUCAUCAAGGAUAUUCUUGCCAUGGAUUACAUCGUGGCACAAUCACAGCACGUCAUAAAAUUUUUAACACCCACACAAGAAGAUCUUGAACCGAUAUCCCAACCACGAAAAAUAAAGGUCAAGAAAGCUAACCGUGGUAGGAGAGGUAGUACUUUCACUCAGACUGUGAGAGGAAGGUUUACAAAGAAGACUAAGAUUUGGGGUAAUAAAAUCAGUUCACCUAUAAUUUUGGAACACUUUGUGGUCAUGGAUGAUUACAAGAAGAUGGCUAAGAGUGAUAUUAACCUGAAGAAAGGAAAAGUAGUUGACGUCAUUGAGAAAAGAGAAUGCGGCUGGUGGUUGGUCGAGUCUGAAGGGGAAGUGGGCUGGGCUCCAGCACUGUAUCUUGAGCCCGCGGACGAAAUGACAGAAUAUGGCAAUAUACAAACAUUUCAAGUUGGAAGAGGUGAAUUCUAUGUGACAGCUAAGCGUUAUGUUGCCAGUGAAGAUGAUGAACUGAGUUUUGAAAUUGGAGUUAACCUGCAAAUCCUAGAGAAAAACUAUGACGGAUGGUGGAAAGCCUCAUACCUUGGAAGAGAAGGAUUGGUGCCCGCAAUGUAUCUGAAACGGCUGGGAUACGAUCGAAGGCAAUCGAGAAAUGGAAGAAGGAAAUCCAGACUGUUUGCCAAAAAUCAGCUCCGUGACUUUGAUGAUGGCGAUGACGACAACAUAGGAAUGAUCAGAGAAAUUCCUGAGUUUGGGAAAGAAAGCAAAAAGAAAACUAAACUGAGGUUUGCUGGUGUACAAGACAAUGGAGAUUCUAAUGGUGCAGUUGUUGAGGGUUCUGAUUUUUUGCAAUUGAAUAAACGAAACAAAAAGCAGAAAGCGAAAGCAAGCGAAGAAACAUCAGGUAUGAAAACAUCACUUUCGUCCUUAAUGUCGUCUUUGCACAGCGUUGAGGAGGCACCCGAGCCACCAACCAAUGACGACCGGUCCAUGGAGAUUUCCCAGAGUCGAAGUGUGGAGACAAGUGAAAUGCCAGAGAUCAACGAGAUACCAGAAUCAAAUCCAAAUGGCACUGAAAAUACAGAAACAGAAGAGUCAGAAAAUGAUCUCAACGAUCUGUCUCCACAAGACUCAAACUCCGCAAGUGGGAACGAGAAUGACACCGGUAACUUGCAGCAUGACCUCAACGGUGACGAUAACAACAUUAACUAUUCUGAUGGAAGAAAUGAUAGUGCUACAACCACCGAAAAUGCAGAGAGUCCCGAAAGUGUGUCCGAUACACCGAUAAAUUUCGAGGUACCUCUUGAUUCAUCGAGGCACUUCAAAACAAUUUCUUUAAGCGAAGACUCUCCAAGACUUAAUUCACCGAUGAGGCCACCGCCAGUUCCCUCAGGAUACGAAUCCCCUCGGACUGCAGCUCCUAGAAGGGUUCCUCCUUCACCAAGUGGAAAACUCAUGCGUCAAGCGGGGAUAGACAAAGAGAAGUCAGAGGAGCUUAAUGAUGACAUCCAGAAGUGGAGCUCGAGUGACGACGAAUCAGAUCCCGAGCUGGCGCAAAUGUCGUUCAACACAGUGGUUCUGCAUCAUAAAACCAGCCACUCACCUGCAAUUGUGGUUGAUGAAACAGGAGAGCCAAUCGUUAGAGGAGAUGAAACAGAAGAAGUUCUUGACCACGAUGAGAGAAUGAGCCUUGAUGGUAGCAUUCGCUCCACAGAAAGCUUUGAAAUCCAAGUAAACGUUACAGGAGAUGAGGAUGACCUUUCAAUUAAUAUCUAUCUUGUGAUUGAAGACUGCGAAGUUGACGAUGAAAUGCGCCUCUCUAAAGGUGAAUAUGUCCAAGUUUUAGACAAAGCAUCCACAGGAUUCUGGUUGGUCAAGAAUAAAGGAGGAAUGAAAGGUUGGUUAUCGUCCAGCGUACUUUGUCCUGCUCCUCAAGUCAACGGAGAAACAGAAUGCACUUUGCAACAAAAAGAUUUCGAAGAAGAAGAAGAAGGCACACUCCAGAUGUCUUGUCGUGCAGUUGAAGAUUACAAAGGAGAUCUCGACAGCCAAGAGAUAGACCUACAGAGUGGAGAAUAUUUACCCAUAUUGCGCAAGAGUGAAAGCGGAUGGUGGUUUAUACAAAAUGAGCAAGGCGAGGUGGGUUGGGCCCCCUCAAAUUACUUGGAAGAAUUCAACGAUGACGAAGAUAUCGAAUUCUCACGUUGAAAAGUCAGAUCGAAAAAAGAACUGCCUAUUCAGGCCAAACAUUGGUAUAUCUUAAACACACGAAGAGACCACUUGUGAAUAGUAGACUGUUCUUAAACUAUAGCGUUUUUGUUAUUGAUUCUAAUUAUAUUUUUUUGUUUCUUUAUUCAAUGUUCGAGACAGUUUUUUUGAGAGAGGGUCUGUAGUUUGGUAGAGAAUGGAUUUUCGGGUAGGAUUCCCUAUAGUGAACCGACGUUUCACCCUUAUGUCAUUGCUAGUGUCCACCAAAACGUAGGUUUCAAGUCAAUGUUGGGGGACUCAGUAAGGCAAAAAAAUUUCACUGAUCACUGAAAAAGUACUUUUCGACAACGAUUACAUAUUGAAAGUACCAAGUUGGGAAAGCCCGAGAACUAGCGAUUCCCAUAUCAGGAUUAUCUGCCAAUUCCUUAGGCGAGGAGGCUGCAGAGUUGCUAUUCCGAGCAUCAGUGUGUUUGCCUCUCUCUAAUCCUCUGAAUGUGUGGAUCUCAUAUUCAGGCCUGAGCUAAGAGCGAUUUUUGCUCAUUUAAGUAAAAUCUGACAUAAGUAGAGCAGCUUUUCAAAAAAUCCUAGGAAAAUCUAGAAAUGGCCAAUUUCGUGUCGCAUGGUUCGCUCGUGUGGGCAUCUCAUGCAGCGGCUGGUUGUUCUCCACCGAAGCAUUCCAGCAAUACGCACGCUGCUAGUACUUUAUUCUGGAGAUGCAAAAUAUCUCGAGUCGAAAUUAACUUGAGGGAGGUUGCCUUUGGAAUACAAUAUAUAAUGAGGAUUCGCUAUCGUAGUUUUCUUUCACUUCUCCGGUACAUAUUUUUCUCCUUCUCGUUUCUUUCUCCUAUUAUAGGAGGGAAUGAAGAGAGAGAUUUUUUUCUUUUCUUCUUUUGGUGAGAAUGAAAGCUGCUAGUAUAUAAAGCGUUCUACCAAAGAUAGCAUUUGUUUCAUAUAUUGACUUAAUUUUCGCUUAUCAGGAACUGGAGUAAGUAAUUGAAAAAACAGAUCAAGACUAUUUCAAUUUGGCCUCCCUUCAGUUGACUUUGUUACUUAACGGAUGUGUUAUAGCACUAAAAUUUUUCAAACUAGAAUCAAACUAGCAAGAAAAGUUUUGGUAGUUUCUUUCAUAAUACAAUGUCAUUUUAUUAAUCAAAAGUUACAACAGUUAAAAGACCGUUAAUUACCUUAAAAAAGUAAUUCGUCAAGUAAUAUUUUUAUAAACGCAUAUUGUUAAGCUUGCGUUGCUGAAAUUAAAUGGGUAUUUACGACUUA